AUGCGUUGUAUACAUAUCUGGAAAACUAUCAGUUUUUUGAUUUUUGUGAAUUAUUGUCAGGCACUUGAGCAAGAAAUUGGUGAUGAAUGUACAAACAAAAAUGGUAUUGUUGGAUUUUGUCAAUAUAGAAGCAAAUGUCAAAGAGAUACUGAUUUAGGAGCUAUAUGUAAUGCUAAACAGACUAUUAUUUGUUGUGCUAAAAAUGUUUUAAGAAACAAACAUAUUGUUUCAAGUAACGAUCAAAAAGAGGAUCGAUCAAUACAACCUCCAUUAGGUUUUAAUCCUGACUUCUUUCAUGCACCUGUAUUACAACCAAAUCCAAUCGCAAAUAUAAAUUUUUUUAAUCAUCAAAAACAAAACACUCCCAAUUUCGUAGGUAAUGUUUUCCAUCAAAGUUCAAAUACUAUGGAAUUUAUUGAAGAUAGACCUUAUCAAAACUAUGAACAAGGUGUAGUUAUUAAACCUAACAAAAAUAGACCUACACCUAUUAGUCCUACAAAUGAAUACGGGUCUUAUAGCAGUAAUAAUAAACCAAAUUCAAACAAUGAAAAUAUCAUGUAUGACAGGGACCAAACUACUAAUAUACCUCAAAAUUAUUACAAUUAUCCUAAUUAUGAAACACAGAGGCCUUUAAGUCAGAAUCAAAAUAAUAAUUUCAAUCAACCAUACUAUGAAACAUAUCCACAAAUUCAAAAUAACAAUAAAUACCAAAGUUCUGUAUCCCAAAGACCGAAUUAUUAUCAAUAUGUUAAUCAACCACACCAAGAAAUAUACGAAUCAAAUCAAAAUAACAAACCUAAUUAUUAUACAACCACUAAAAAACCACAGCAUAUUUAUAGCUCAGGGAAUAAUGAAAAUAAUUCACCGCUUCCAAACAGUCAAAUCAAUAAUAGUGGUUAUGAAGAAAAUAAGAGGCCAAGUCAAAAUACUAAUCAUAAGACUAGUAGCAGUAUAUUGUUUCCUGAUGAUUUAACUGACACAACAUUUACAACCACAACCAAAAAAUAUUAUGAAUAUGAAAAUAGCCCAAAUGAAAAUAGUAAACGUAUCAGUGAAAAAAAAUGCGAAGAAUAUUCAAAAACACUGAGAACAACUGUUUCUGUAUUACCUCUGUCAAUUGGCACAGCAACAAAGCCAGUGUCAAUAGAAAAAUGUGAUUCAAAAAGUGUUGGGUUAAUUGUUGGUGGAACUAAAGCCGAUUUAGGAGAAUUCCCACAUAUGGUGGCAGUAGGAUUCCGAGCAGGCUCUGGAACUUCAUGGAAUUGUGGUGGUACAUUAAUUAGUGAACAAUUUGUGUUGACAGCUGCUCAUUGUACGCAUAGCACAUUAGGGUUACCAGAACGAGUGAGAUUGGGAGAUUUGAAUUUACAGACUAAUAAUGAUGGAGCUCAUCCAGUAGAACUUUUGGUGGAGGAAACCAUUGUGCAUCCUGAUUAUAUUAAAACAUCUAAGUAUAAUGACAUUGCACUAUUACGUUUAGAUACUGAAGUUAAGUUAAAUAACCACAUUCGCCCAGCGUGUCUUUACAAUAAUGACAAUAUCAAUUAUUCUCAAAAAGUUAUUGCCACUGGAUGGGGAAGCAUUGAAUAUGGCGAACGCUCAAGUGAUCAUUUAUUAAAAGUAGAUUUAAAUUUAAUAAAUAAUCGGCAAUGUGGUAAAUUAUAUGAAGGAGAAAGCAAAACAAGAUCCCUAAAUAGAGGUAUUAUAGAUUCUAUGUUGUGUGCUGGAGAUUUGGCAGGAGGACAUGAUACUUGUUUGGGUGAUUCUGGAGGACCACUUGUAGUAAAAUCAGAGAAAAAUGCAUGUGUUUUCAAUUUAAUUGGGAUAACAUCAUUUGGAAAAUUGUGUGCAGCAGAAAAUUCACCAGGUGUAUACACUAAAGUUUCAGCAUUUUUACCUUGGAUAGAACAAAUUGUUUGGCCCUAA